CAAACCACUGGUCGAUGAACAGCAAAGUGACGGAAAAAUGUUUAAAAUCGUGUGAAAAGUGUUUCGAUCGUGUCCUAAAAUAUGUUCAUCGGGUGCCAGAACGAACCAGAAACGAGGUGUGAUAAUUUUUGACAAGAAAUACUCGAAUAUAGUGCCUUUAAAAGAUGAUUGAAUGUUCAAAUUUUUGGGAAUUUCUUGGCCUCUUCAGUGACAUACGCACACAGUGCUGGUUUGCAGCCCUGAACAAAUACAUGCCUUCGAAGAUCAUGUCUGCGGUCUUGCUGGGGUCUAAGGUAUAUGUGAGUGUAUGCGAAUAGGCCACCGUUUGUUUAUGUGAAAUUGUUGGAAUUCCUUUGGUCCCGAUUCACCAAUGGUUCGCCCAUGCUCGCAGGCAGUCUACCGAAACCGGUGUUGUGUUGUUAUGCUCAGAGCAGUGAAACAUGUUGGGGCAAAGCAAGUGUUAGUGUUUGACUGACGAACAGGGCAGGGAAAGGGUGAUUAAAAAGAAAAUAUUUCUUCCUGGAGAAGAGGUAAGAAAAUCUACAUUUCUCCUCAUCUGGAUUGUCCGAGCACUGUGUCGCCAGUAGAAUAUGCGUCCGAUUUAACGAUUUCUGGUGAAUCGAAUUACAUCGUGCAAUUUAAGUGAUACGUGAGAAGUGUAGAAAAUAAAAAAUCGAAUGAAAAUUGAUACUGAAUAGAAUGAAAAACAUCAAAGAUACUGUUUAAUGUGUGGUAAAAUUCGCAAAUCUCAAUCUUUUGCGGUUUCUUAUUUAUUCAAUGUUAAAAUAAGUAAACACAUGUGCACAGGUAGUAAGCAAGAGAUUUGUGAAAAAUCCUGAAUGAAUUAACGGAAUACAUGCAACUAAGGCGUGACAACAUCUUCGAAGAUGAGUUCAUCGACCACGGCAGUCUUGGGUCUGCACGGAUUAUCGCACGUUCUUGCAUAGUUAUCAUCUGGGCGUACUGCAAAUGUAUGACGGCCAAUUAAGAUUCCAUUGGUCCCGUUGACUACACACUCUCUACACGCGCUGUAUGCUGAUAGAUGUAUGCAUGAGGUGUUCCACACGACAAAAUUGACACGACAGAUGGUCGCAUCUUUUCCUCAACACAAAAACUCACGUUACAUUUGUUUAUGCGUAAGAGCAAGAGCUUACGCCCCAAAAUGGCCGAGUUUCUUCCACUUUGCGAUGUGCUGUUCAACGUGAUCUCGCUGGCCGGCUACUUUUGCGAUGUCGUGUUCGAUGUCGUGCUUGGUUACGCCCUGUACGAGCGACAAAAGUUCGCCUAUUUUUCGGCUGUCAUCGUAAUCGUCAGUUUUUCUCUGAUGAUUUCACAGAUUGUUUCGGUUCGGUGGUAUUUAAACAAGCGCAAACUGAGAAGUGCCACUACUGCACAGGUCGGUCCUCCCGGGUCUGAUGAUUGUCACGAAAACACGGAAAAUAGUCUCGAAAAAAAGAAGAGAAAGAAGAAAAUACCAGACGAAGUGUUGACAAAAACCGCCAGAUACAGUCGAUACGCCGUGCUUGCCUUGCACGCUUCGCAGAUGGGCGUGCUCUGGCGGUACGCUAAACUAUUUGUACCAGUUGAUCUACGCCACGUGAAACAUGAAGUGCGUGAUUUAUGCAUGCUGCGUUUGGUGCAUGCGUUCUGCGAAGCUGCACCCAUGCUGCUGUUGCAGUUGUAUGUUCUAGUGAAUUUGCAGAAUGAAAAUCAACUUAAUGCACUGAAGUUGAAAGCACUGACAAGUGGUCAUCACUUCUCCUCCACUGCGUUGGUGCAGCAGUCCAGUAUUGCCGAGCAGCAACAGAAAACGUUCCGCGAUCUGAAUAUGGUAUCAGCGACGCUGUCGCUCUUCAGUGUUUGCUGGGCUCUGGCCAGUUUCAGCAAGAAUGUACGAUUGCAGAAUGUUCAUCGGUUGGUGUUGACAUGGCUGGGGGUGAUUUUUCAGUUCCUCUGGCGGCUAGGGACAGUGAUAUCGCGUGUAAUUUCACUGACCGUUUACGCUUCGGUAUACAGCCAUUGGGUGUUUCUUGUUAUCAUUUUGCAUUGGUUCUCGAUGUUUCUUUGGCUGAUAUCACCGAAAAAUGUGUUUCAUGGAGAGCGCAUAUCCAGGAUCAAGAAAGCCAUGCUAGGUGGACUGAUUGCAUUCGUAUACAUUUUCGCCUACAUCAAUUUGCAGGAAGUUCGACAUAGACAGAAAAUGCUCACAUUCUACGUGGUCAUGUUUAUGGAAAACUGCUUGUUAGUGUGUCUGUGGAUGGUUGGAGUAUGGCACAACCGGCCGGAGGGAUGGUACCUCAUUCCGAUUUCCGUGCUCUGUAGCUUCGCCACCGGGUUAUUUUUUAUGAUUGUCUACUACCGAUACUUUCACGUACGUCGGUUAGGUUAUGAAGCAGGUGGCCGGGCACCAUGUGGUGAAGGGGUUAACAAAUGUGGCCAUGAUAUUUGUCACUGUCGGGAGAAUUCGGAACAGGUGGAAACGGGCAAAUCCAUGGGAGGCUGUGGAAGUCAAAAAUAUCCACACGCCAUACCAGGAGUGUUUAACUGUCGUUUCUCCAAUCCGGUGAAUGCUGCCACCAAAAGGAAGAAAAAGAAACCAACCACGUUUGUACCCCCUCCGAAUCUAGCCUUGCAAACCAAUGGUACAGAGCAAGAAGCUACAAUCGGCCCAAUGGCAAUUCCUUUCUGGCGAAGACCUCUACCGAGAUCACACACGGGAGGAUCGAGUGAAAACGAUGGAAGUAGCGUAAGUUCCCGAGUAAAUAUUCAACAGAAGCUGCAGGAGAAGAAACAAAAGCAGUUGGCUGAAUUGAAGAUUAUUGAAGAAGAGAUCAAGCAGGGCAAACUGGGUGGACCGGGCACUGGAACGCUCAGUUCAGGAGAUGACACAAAGGCCACCCUACCGCGUCAACCGAUUCCACGAGCGAAAAAACACAUAGAUAUUGAUCCCAUGGAUUGGCGUCCCUCGAGUCCUGAUAUGGCAGAAAUCGCUGUUGAAAAGUCCUUCAAUGACUUAAACCUGCUGCUGGCGGCGAAUUUAGAUGAUGUAAACAAUUUGAACAAGUUCAGUACUAAUUAUGAUCCCAUUUACAACAGUUUUGGCUUGAAUGGCAUUAAUAUCUCGGCUUUGGUUACCAUGAAAAAUGCUGAGGCCCAACAGGCAGCCGCAAACAAUAGAAACAUGUCCCCCAUUUCAUCGCAAAUAUCAGCAACGGAGAGUAACUCGCUGACACGACAAGUUCACCCGCGGGCAAAAAUUAUGCCCAACAAUGUACCAAGAAAUCCGUUUGCGGAGAAUUAUCGAGGAAAUUUCGUGAACUUGUAUGCGGAUGCUGCUGCUAACAAUAAUAGACCACCUUCAAUAAGUCCACGGACGACUGAUGUUGCAGCAGCCAACCGGGCGGUUCUAUACGAUAACCAUAGUCGUUUGUACAUGGAAGCUAAUCACCCCAGGCAAAUAUCUGGAACAUACAGCAGCAUGGAAAAUGCUGGUACUGAUAAUCUACCUUUUCCUUACAACGUUGUUCCACCACCUCGGAGCAAAUUGGACAGUCGGGCAACACCAACGAUGCCCAACAAUGCUAGUGCUACCAAUACCGGCAGUAGCAGUGGCCACAACAAUAGCAACAGUAUUGGCAAAAACGUCACCAGUGCCAUUGCCCCAACCGCAAUCAACAAUCUGAAUAACACCAAACGCCAAAUGCAGCGGGCUAAGACGCCAGAGAUUCUGCUGGCACCUCAUUAUCUCGAGAAUUCACGUAUCUAUUACGAUUGGGUGGCACGGGAGGCGGCGAAUUUGAGAAUACAAGAAACCGAACGAAACCAAUCCGUUGUAAGCAGUGGAGAUGAAAAUCUAGACAAUAGCCCUGUAGACGAUGGUCAUAAUCAGAAUCGUAUUCCCUCGGACAUCGAUAGUCAGGUAUCCUUGCCACGAUCAUACACGCUGCCACGUGAAUUCAAAUACUAUCGCCGGAACAAGGGCCGUAAAGUAAUCAAAAACGAGCACUUCAUCGCAAGUACCAACAGCAGUGACGGCGAUGUGGACAGUGGCGACGACAACGAGUCCGAGCAUCAUUCGAACAACUCCAACACCAACUCACAGCAGCGGCUGAAAACAGCAACGCCCAAUUCGAACCACAGCACUGCCCACCAGCAGAGACUGAAUAAUCUCAACAAAACCUCAACCGCCAUGCACUAUGGCCAUAAUAUUUCUCUCGGUGCCACUAUCCUGGCGAAUGGCGGAAACGCAACUAUUAUUUCUGCGGCCAACUCGCGACAAACACUGAACGCAACACCCCAGAAUAUGCAUAUGGUCAACGGAUACGGCAAUAAUUUGCUAGCGGGUAACCCCAAACAUGUCCACAGUUUGGAUCUAAUCAACGGAGUCGAUAGUGCAGUGGCCGGCGCCGGGCCGUCCAAUGGAGCAACGGUGUCUUACAACAGCAGACCUAUGCGCUUACGAAUGUAUGGUGCCAAGGGCGGGAUGAUCCGCCAUGAAACCAAGUUAUGAUUUUAACGAAACUAGGCUUAUUGUAGUAUAUUUAUGACGCUAGCUAUAAGUAGGUCUUUUGUUUUAACUAGAAGCAUUUUUCUUGAAAUAUUCUGUAACAUGUGAUAUAAUUUUAACUCGUUUUACAUAUUGAGGAUUUGUUAUCUGCCUUGAGCGCAAGAUGAUACAAAAACCAGAGACUGGUACUAAUAAAAUUAUCAUUCAGAUUUUAGGUUUUAACCCCGCUGUACUUAUGUUAUCCACAUACACUUUUAGUAAAUUGAU